GCUCGGGGGAUCGCAGUGCUGACCAGCUGGCGCCGCGUCAGUUCAUUGACCAGGUUCCACAUUGAGCGACCGCGAAGGUUUGCUGUCAUCUUGAGCGACCCCUUUCUUCGAACGGCAGUAUUGUGACAUUUGAUUUGUGCCAGACAAAACACCACUGACGAGGACGCAGCCUACUUCAAGCUGUCCGCGCAAAACUCCAAAUUUGGAUUGGCACCCAGUGAACGUGCGCAGCACCAAGUCUGAUUGCGGUCCUCGAUCAGACAGGCUCGGCCCAGGAGGAGACAACCCAAUUAUCUGGUCGCGCACUAGAUUCUACGCUUCGUGGCUGGUAGGGCACAAAAGAGCUGGGAAACAAAGACAAAGAGGGGCCGACCGGGGAUCUGCAGCACCCCACGUGUACCACAAUCGUCCGCUUGUCUCGACGACAUUCGAUGCGCUGACCGGCUCCCGCGGAUGGCCAUCUGUCCCCGGAGGAACGCCAGGAACACCGGCGCGCCAUGAGCUCCCUCAAAUUCGUUGUGUCCUCGCUGGACAUCAUUGCGGCACAUGCCGGCCGCAACAAGCAGCUGGCCGAGCUGGCCGAGAAGGCCCUCGCCGCCAUCAAGGAGAACGACCAACAGCUGCCCGAUCCCGAAGUCGUUUUUGCACCGCUGCAACUAGCCACGAAGUCGGGCACGAUCCCACUCGCCACCACCGCGCUCGACUGCAUCGGGAAGCUCAUCUCAUACUCGUACUUCUCCGCCCCAUCCUCGUCCGCAGGCCCCGAUGGCGCCGAGCAAGCGCCCCUCAUUGAACGGGCCAUCGACACCAUCUGCGACUGCUUUCAGGGGGAGGCGACGCUGGUUGAAAUCCAACUACAGAUCGUCAAGUCGCUUCUGGCUGCAGUGCUCAACGACAAAAUCAUUGUCCACGGCGCGGGUCUGCUGAAGGCGGUUCGACAGGUUUACAACAUCUUUCUGCUGUCCAGGAGCACGGCGAACCAACAGGUGGCCCAGGGGACACUCACGCAGAUGGUGGGCACCGUGUUCGAGAGGGUCAAGACACGACUGCACAUGAAGGAGGCGCGGGCAAACCUCAACAAGCUCAAGGCAAGCCGGAGUAGUCUGGCCGUGGACCGGUCUGAUGACCAGGACUCGCAAUCUGCGAAGGCCGACAGCGAGGAUGCUACCGAAGCCGUCUCGGACGCCACGCACGCCGAGAAUGUCGAUGAGACGGCCGGCAAGCUCACCUUGAAGGACUUGGAGCACCGGAAGAGCUUUGAUGACUCCCAUAUUGGCGAUGGUCCUACCAUGGUGAGCAAAGUCAAGCCCAGGAAGAGCACUGCGCGCUCUGUAUCCGAGCAAAGCCUCCAGGAGAGCUCGCAAGAGGACACACCUGAAUCACUUGAUGCCGAGGACGAGGCCUACAUUCGGGACGCCUAUCUGGUGUUCCGUUCCUUUUGCAAUCUGUCGACCAAGAUCUUGCCGCCGGACCAGCUUUACGACCUCCGCGGCCAAGCGAUGCGCUCAAAAUUGGUAUCACUCCACCUCAUUCAAACGCUCCUCAACAACAACAUCACCGUAUUCACGUCCCCGCUAUGUACCAUCAGAAAUACCAAGAACAACGAGCCUACAAACUUCCUGCAGGCCAUCAAGUACUACCUGUGCCUGAGCAUCACCCGCAACGGAGCCAGUUCGGUGGACAGGGUCUUUGAUGUCUGCUGUGAGAUUUUCUGGUUGAUGCUGAAGUACAUGAGGGCAUCGUUCAAGAACGAGAUUGAGGUGUUUCUAAACGAAAUUUAUCUUGCUCUGCUCGCCAGAAGGAAUGCCCCGCUGUCACAGAAGUUGACUUUCGUGGGGAUACUGAAGAGGCUAUGCGAGGACCCCCGUGCCCUGGUGGAGAUCUACCUCAACUAUGACUGCGACCGCCACGUCGACAACAUAUUCCAGACUAUCGUGGAGGAUCUCUCAAAAUUCGCGACAGCGUCGAUACCCAUCAAUCCGACCCAGGAGCAGCAGUAUGAGGAGAGCCACUCAAAGUCGGGGCCGGGCGGGGAAUGGCAAAUCAAGUCCGUACUCCCACCACCGCUUUCAGUUGCCCUCAUUGCGACACACCACGAGACAGACAGUGAGAUACCCAAGGAAUAUGUCAUGAAGCGCGUGGCUCUUGACUCGCUGGUGGAGACCUUGAGGUCCCUGGUCGACUGGUCGCAACCAGGUAGGCCAGAGAUCAAUGGGGGAGGCGGUGAUGUGCAGAGACGACCUUCGAGUGACGAUCUCCGAUACUCCAUCGACCCCUCAAUCAGCGAAACGGCGUUUCGAAUGGAGACUCCAAUUGCGCCAUCAACUCCAGUGAUUGAGGACGAUCCGGACCAGCUGGAAAAGGAAAAGGCACGGAAGACGGCCAUGACGAACGCAAUCAGGGCUUUCAACUUCAAGCCAAAGCACGGAAUCAAGCUUCUGAUCAAGGAAGGCUUCAUCCUCAGUGAUACACCGGAAGAUAUUGCUCGGUUUCUUCUGAGCGAAGACCGGCUGGACAAGGCGCAGAUUGGCGAGUUCCUCGGCGAGGGCGACCAAAAGAACGUCGACAUCAUGCACGCAUUCGUUGACAUGAUGGACUUCAGCAAGAAACGCUUCGUUGAUGCGCUCCGCGAAUUCCUCCAGCACUUCCGUCUGCCGGGGGAAGCCCAGAAGAUCGAUCGUUUCAUGCUUAAAUUUGCUCACCGCUACGUGACAGGAAAUCCCAAUGCCUUCGCCAAUGCCGACACGCCAUAUGUGCUGGCAUAUUCUGUCAUCAUGCUCAACACGGACCUGCACAGCAGCAAAGUGGUGAAGCGGAUGUCCAAGGAAGACUUCAUCAAGAACAACCGCGGCAUCAACGACAACGCCGACCUUCCGGACGAAUACCUCAUCGCCAUCUACGAGGACAUCCAGAAGAAUGAGAUUGUUCUCAAGAGCGAACGUGAAGCAGCUGCGGCCGCCGGGAUUCUUCCGCAGGCAACUGGACUUGCAGCUGGGCUUGGGCAAGCUUUCUCCAACGUCGGGCGCGACUUGCAACGAGAAGCAUACGUGCAGCAGUCGGAGGAGAUCUCGUUGCGAUCAGAACAGCUGUUCCGUGACCUGUACCGCAGCCAACGGAAGAAGGCGACAAAUGCUGGUUCCAAGUUCAUCUCGGCUACCUCCUUCAAGCACGUUGGGCCCAUGUUUGACGCCACGUGGAUGUCCUUUUUCUCGGCCCUUUCCAGUCUCCUCCAGAAGACUCAAAAUCUGGACGUCAACAAGUUGUGCCUGGAGGGCAUGAAGCUGGCCACCAAGAUUGCGUGUCUAUUCGAGCUUGCCACCCCUCGGGAAGCCUUCAUUUCGGUUCUCAAGAACACCGCUAACCUCAACAACCCCCGAGAGAUGCAGGCCAAGAAUGUCGAAGCCCUGAAGGUUCUCCUGGACCUCGCGCAGACCGAGGGCAACCACCUGAAGGAGUCAUGGAAGGACGUGCUCUUGUGCAUCAGCCAGCUGGAUCGCUUACAGCUGAUAUCAGGGGGCGUGGAUGAGAGUGCCGUCCCCGACGUUUCGAAGGCCAGGUUCGUGCCACCACCGCAACGGACAGAAACCGUUGACUCCCGCAAGUCAACGUCCUCGGCAAGGAGAACCAGGCCGCGGGCCCACACCGGGCCUCAGGGCGUGUCGCUAGAGAUUGCGCUCGAGAGCAGGUCCGACGAGGUCAUAAAGAGCGUCGACAGGAUAUUCACAAACACCGCCAACCUGUCGAGGGACGCAAUUAUUCACUUCGCCCGGGCCUUGUGUGAAGUCAGCUGGGACGAAAUCAGGGUGUCUGGGUCGAACGACUCUCCUCGAACAUACAGCCUCCAAAAGAUUGUCGAGAUCAGCUACUACAACAUGACGCGUGUGCGGUUCGAAUGGAGCCAUAUCUGGGACGUCCUCGGUGAGCACUUCAACAGGGUAGGCUGCCACGCCAACACUGCCAUUGUCUUCUUCGCGCUCGACUCGCUCCGUCAGCUUUCGAUGCGCUUCAUGGAGAUCGAGGAGCUGGCGGGUUUCAAGUUCCAGAAGGACUUUCUCAAACCCUUCGAGCAUGUCAUGUCCAACGCGAACAACGUCACGGUCAAGGACAUGAUCCUCCGCUGCCUCAUCCAGAUGAUCCAGGCCAGAGGGGAGAAUAUCCGGUCUGGUUGGCGAACCAUGUUUGGGGUCUUCACAGUUGCGGCGAGGGAGCCGCACGAGAGUAUCGUCAACCUGGCGUAUGAGAACGUCACCCAAGUUUACAAGACCAGGUUCGGCGUUGUCAUCUCGCAGGGUGCAUUCACUGAUCUCAUUGUUUGUUUGACCGAGUUCUCCAAGAACAUGAGGUUCCAAAAGAAGAGCCUUCAGGCCAUGGAGACGCUGAAGUCGAUCAUCCCGACGAUGCUCAAAACGCCCGAGUGUCCUCUGUCGCAAAGGUCAGCUGAAAACGCGAGUCAGUCCGAGCCGAAUCCCAAGUCACCUUCCCAACAGACGCGCACCUCCGUCGAGGAAGGAUUCUGGUUUCCGGUGCUCUUCGCGUUCCACGACGUGCUCAUGACUGGCGAAGAUCUCGAGGUACGGUCGAACGCCCUCAACUACUUCUUUGAGACUCUGCUGCGGCACGGCGGCGGUUUCCCCCGGGAGUUCUGGGAUAUUCUCUGGAGGCAGCAGCUCUAUCCCAUCUUCAUGGUCCUGCGGUCGCGGCCAGAGAUGACCAAUGCCCUCAACCACGAGGAGCUCUCGGUGUGGUUGUCCACCACCAUGAUCCAGGCGCUCCGCAGCAUGAUUACACUUUUCACGCACUACUUUGAUGCUCUCGAGUAUAUGCUGGACCAGUUUCUUCAGCUUCUCGAGCUCUGCAUCUGCCAGGAGAACGACACCAUUGCGCGGAUAGGGAGCAACUGCCUGCAGCAGCUCAUACUCCGGAAUGUGACCAAGUUUACGCCUGAACACUGGGCCAAGAUUGUCGGCGCCUUCGUCGAGCUAUUUGAAAGAACCACGGCAUACCAGCUCUUCUCAGCGACCACCAUCAACUCGACAGCCUCACUUUCCCCUCCGCCGAGCGGCCUGGAGCUUGGUGGUGCGCUCAGCCCAACCACCGAGACCCCGCCAGUUGACGAGAAAUCCCUCAAGAUCAACGGCACAGAAACAAACGGCCACCUACCAGGCGCCGAGUCGACCAACGGCGAGGCCGACAACAACAACACGGCACCACCACCAGCAGCCAGCUCAGCCGCAAUGGCAGCAACCCCGCAAUUGCAAACCCCAGGGCAACAACCACAACCACAACAACAGCUCGAAGAGUUCAAACCCGUCAACCCGCUCCAGCAACAACCUGUCGUCGUGACGGCCGCCCGCCGGCGCUUUUUCAACCGCAUCAUCUCGCGCUGCGUUUUACAACUCCUCAUGAUCGAGACAGUCAACGAGCUCUUCAGCAACGACGCCGUCUACGCGCAGAUCCCCUCUCCGGAACUCCUCCGGCUGAUGGCGCUCCUCAAGAAAUCCUUCCUCUUCGCGCGGCGCUUCAACGCCGACAAGGACCUUCGCAUGCGCCUCUGGCGCGAGGGGUUCAUGAAGCAGCCGCCCAAUCUAUUGAAGCAGGAAUCCGGCAGUGCGGCGACGUACGUGAGCAUUUUGUUUCGCAUGUUUGGCGAUACGGCCGCGGAGAGGGUGGGGAGUAAGAAGGAUGUGGAGGCGGCGCUGGUGCCGCUGUGUCAAGAUAUUAUACGGGGGUAUUGUGUGCUCGACGAGGAGAGCCAGCAUCGGAAUGUGGUCGCCUGGCGGCCCGUUGUGGUGGAUGUGCUUGAGGGGUAUGCUGCCUUUCCACGCGAGGCAUUUGCCGCACAUGUCGAGAGCUUUUAUCCGCUUGUUGUCGAGUUGUUGGGCAAAGAUCUGGGGCAGGAGCUUCGCGCGGCACUGUUGCUUGUGUUGAGGAGGGUUGGGGAGGUGGCGUUGGGAAUUGAGGGCAUGGGUGCCGGUGGUGGUGCUGCGGCUGGGCAGGGAAAUGGCGCGGCGGAGAAAGAAACCGGGAGGGGGGGUAGUAGUGCGCUCUCUGUGCCGUCCGUCCGUCCGUCGCCGAGUAUGGAUAGUUUGAGCGAUGAUCCGUCGAGGCAGGUUUUGGGCAGGGGGUGAGUGACGUUGAGGAGCGAGCUAGGGGCUUGGAAAGUGAAAGAGGGGGUAAACUUUGGUGCAAUUCUCGCAUCAUCGACAUUCGAAUUGUUAUAGACUUCGGCGGUUGUCGGCGGUUGAGGCCCAUGGCCGUGAGCCGACCAUGUGUUUUUAUGUGUUUUCUUUGCCUUCAGUAUUCUGGACGUCAGGUCUUGCUCAAGACCCCGUCCCUGGGGCGACAGCAUGAAAUUGGCAUCGGAUAUUUGCAGUUCGAGCUCAACUUAUACGUCCCAAAGCAGAUAGCUAAAAGGGGAUGCCUCGAACAUGCCAUAUCCAACUCGAAACCUCACAGAUAACCUCCAGGCACCUGGGUAUCAUCCGUCACGAUCUCAAAUGGCGAGAUCCCCAACGCCAGACAGAGUUGAAUCUGACCCUUUUCUAUCCCAUUCCCC